AUAAUUGUUGGGUGUAAAGCUAAUUGUUAUAGAAUCGAGACAAUUCCAUAAUACUAUUCCGUACUAUGCAUUGUGACGAUCGUUUUCAUACAAAUCUGUUCCGAAUGUGUGACCUUUGCGAUUAAAUUUAUGUUAUUCAUUGAGUGGUAAAAAAAAAAAAAAAAAUACCAAAUGUUCACCCUUACACCUAUCCAGUGGAAGCUAAUUAUUAUGAACAGCCGCAGUGCCAUUAGGGGUAAAAAAUAUGAUAUAAUUGUUACUGAUUUUUUUCUUGGCGCACAUUGCAAAGCGCAUUGGAGCAAUAAGCUCUAUUUGGUGAGUUUGAGCUGCUCGAGAAGCUGCUCCUGCUCGGUCAAUACCAGAGCGACAGCGUGCAGGCGAACGUCCACAGGGGCGUGAAGGAUGAACGGAGGGAACUAGCAAAUAUAUUUGAAAUUAUAUCUUGUAUACAUGUGGGAACCUAAAUCGAAAAUGUCGUGUACGCUAUGCUGUGAAAAUUUAUUCAUCAACGGUUCUAUAAUAAUAUUUGGUCGAAUAGAAAGAUUCAACAACGAAAUGUAAAGUGAAUUUAAUGAUAGUUAGUCAACCAGGAGAUCGUACAUUGCUCAAUUUAUCUUUUCAUCUGGAUCUCUCAGCGAUCAGUCCUUGCAUUUGGGACAGAAUAUAAAAUCAUGGGCAUUUCUUCAAGAGUUGCCCAUCUUGGGACUCUUCCUCGUAGAAGACCCUUGUUUUUUAAUGCUAUUGUCUACGGGUCUCUCUACACAUCGGCAGAAUUUGUUCAGCAGACUUGGACAAAAAAUCACACGUUCAAAUCACCUGACCAAAAUCAUGCCCCGACAAUAAUUGCCGUUGCCGAUGGGCCUACCGCAUGGCCUGUUGCGUCGGUUCAGAAAUUGAAUAAGGUAUUGGGCCUCGACCAGGACGCAGCGACGAUACCAGGAGAUUACAAUUGGGCCCAACUUAAAAGAUUUGCAAUCUACGGCUGCCUUUUAGCAGGCCCAAUCUUACAUGGAUGGUACCGGUGGCUGGACGCUGUCUACAGUGGUACUUCCAAGAAAAUUGUUUUCAAGAAACUUCUAGUAGACCAAUUUGUCUUGACGCCAGCAUUGCUCGCCUUCUUUUUCAUUAGCAUGAACCUUAUGGAAGGAAAAUCAGACAUCUUGGCGGAGUGUAAAGCAAAAUUUUUCGCCGCUUUCGGGAUUGCCUGCAUUUAUUGGAUUCCUGUACAAACUUUGAACUUCAUCAUCGUUCCUCCUGCUUUUCGAGUGCUCUACGUCGGAGUCGCAGCCUUCUGUUGGGUUAAUAUUCUUUGCUACGUGAAACGCCAACCACAAACGAACAAUACAAAAGGAGAAUGUGUGAACGGUGAAAUAGGGGAAUAAAAAAAAUUUACCUAGACCUCAAAAACAUUUUUACUGGUUUUCGCCGAUGUCAUGCGUUACUGAAAUUGGCUAAUUACCAACAAUAUUUCUAAGUUGUAAUAUUUCAAUUAUUGAUAACAAUUAGAAAAAGUCUUUAAAACCAA